CGUGUUUCUAUUGCCCCGACAUUUUUGCGUUUUUAAAGUUUGAAGUGUCUCUAGUUUUUUACAGUUUACAGCUAGUAAUAUCUGUGUAAAACAACCAAAAAAGAUAUUGUUGUGUAGCUAAGAUAGUUUCCUACACAACUGUAUAUUUUUGGGUUGAAUUAAAUCUGUAUUUUAGUCAGGGGGACCCAAAAUACGCAAAACAUUUCAAUUAGCCCCACUCUCCUCUACGUGCCAUAGGAGAAGACACAAUCUGCGGUCGAAAUUCUUGUGUCGGGCCUUUUCACUUGAAAAGUAACAAGGAUACGGCUCUUUGUUUGUGUGUUUUAUCUCAAGUGGGUGAUCGUAUCAAUCAAAAGAAUCCAUCAAUAUAGUAUCAAUCAAAAUAAAUUUCGAUUCCCCUUCCCCCCAUUUUUAAGAACUUUAUAUCUGCAAAAGGGGAUGUAAAGCUCGAAAAAAAUCUCGUAUACACUGUUGUUUUCAGGGAUAAUUACAAAUUUAAGAAAAAAUCACUCGUUUCAGUGAGGAUGACAUUCGAGAAUCUCGUGCAAUUUACCAAAUAGCUUUACAUGUCGUCUCCUACGUGUUAGUAGGCAAUAGAAGAGAUAGGAAAUUCAACGUUGGAUUCGAUGGGCGAGGCUAACUUUUGAAGGCCAUAUACACGUAAAGGAUACCCCAUAGUCAAUUCAGCAGUCAGUCGUUUGUUGAAUACGAACCAGUGCUCGAUCGUUGUGACUCGUGGUCGUACAUGUUUACCUGUCAGGAAAUUCUGUUCAAUUCACCAGAUUGAGACCCCGAAAAACAAAACGAGCAGUGAUCUUCUUGAAGUUGCAUUCUGCCAUGAAAAUCGUUGGAGCCACGCAAUUUUUGUGUUACGUCAUUCUGACGCUUUAUUGUUCGAGGAGGGGAAAAUCCCAGUUACUGGCGAUGAAUAACGUUGCGGAAUCCCUGCAUCUCUUUACAAAUGAAUUUUCACAAAGUGUCGAACACGGUGACAGAACCGCAAAUUUAGUAUUUUCCCCCGCGAGUCUUUUUGCGGCUAUGUCGCUGGCCUCGCUCGGAGCUAGAGGCGCAACAUUGAGCCAGAUUCAGCAAAUAUUGCGAUUGUCGACGGGCGCGUUAACUAAAAAGGGCGGCAUGACUCGUAUCAUCGCAUCGAUGACGGCAGAGAGGAAUCAAGAGGUCGUGUUGGAAAUGGCGAAUCUCUUGUGGAUUCCACGUGGAUCAGCUAUAAAAGCUGAAUACGCUAAAUCAGUUCAAGACAUAUUUCAAACCCGAGUUCGAGAUGCUGAUUUCAGCCGUACAGAAGAAGUACGACAGGUGAUCAAUCAGCGAAUUGAAAAUAUUACCCGGGGCCAUAUUACAGAUCUCUUUCCCAGAGGAUCGAUAACAAAGCAGACACAACUGCUUCUGGCUAAUGCAUUUUACUUCAAAGGAGUUUGGCUUCACACUUUCAACCGAUCAGAUACGUACAGAGAACGAUUUUUUAUGGCAGAUGGGCAAUCUGUUAUGGCACCAAUGAUGCAUGGUUCUGGUACAUUUCAAGCGGGGAUUCUUGACAAUGUUGGAACCAAAGCCAUAUUUAUGCCGUAUCAGGGCAAGCGCUAUGGGUUGCUGUGUGUUUUGCCUGACCGAAAUAAAAAACUAAGUGACGUCGAGAGCUACAUGCUCAGUUCCGGUUAUACACCCACCACUAUGUUGAGAAGAAUGAUCCACCGAGACAUUAACAUUACCUUACCGAAAUUCAAAAUGCAAUUUGGCGCUGAAAUGUCCCAUGUCUUUAGAAAGAUGGGCAUCCGUAAUUUAUUCACACACGAGGCGGACCUUUCUGGUAUGAGCUCCGAUUCAUCAAUGCUAAGAGUGUCUAGUAUAUACCAUCAGUCUACCCUUGAAGUGAAUGAGGGCGGAAGUGAAGCAAGCGCAGCCACAGGAUUAGAAGUAAUUCCACUUAUGGGUGGUGCUGGUAUCUACAUCGGUCCUAUGGAAUUUCGAGCUGACAGGCCGUUUUUGAUUUACCUGAUUGAUCGAGAAAAUGACAACAUUCCACUGAUAAUGGGCCGUGUUUCCAACCCACUUCAACAACAAACCCCGAAUUUACAUCGACACUACGAUUCUAGCGACCCUUCUAUGGUAAAAGGCGAGCAAAGUAAUCAAAAUACCUUCACCAAAACAGAUAGCGGCAGAACAAAACUUAUUGCCGAAUCGGCUAGACCAGAGUUUCGUCCUAUUUUAAAACCCUUCCCAUCGACGCAAUUUAUUGGGGAAGACGACCAAAUCGUUUAUCCGCAAAAGCCAUCUUACAUUAAUUAUUAUAAAUCUUCCAAACAUUUCGCGAGUCGGUACUUUUCACAUAUCCCACGCGUCCCGGACAAGCACACUGCCAUUGUAUUUCCCGACCAGGAUUUUGACGAACGUCGGUGGAAGAGACAACUUCGUAAUUUAACUGCCCUUCAAGAUGUCGUAUCAACCGCGGCGCCGUCCACAUCCGAAAAUGAAGCCAUUAGUACACGCUUGAAAGAUCCUCUGUGGUUUAACAAGCCGACUUUACCAGAAGUGAUAAUUCCAAUCAACAGCCCGGAACCAGAUGGCAAACCACCUACUAGUUUUUAUAGGCCAGCCAAUAACUUUGCGCCUUCUCCAGAAUCUUUCUCUGCGCCAGUUCUGCCCACAGUGACAACGAAGCCAGAGGAAUUAACGCCUUUGACUGACCAAACGUCAAGCUCUGCAUUGAUGCCUAAUAUAUUUUUUGCACCAACUAUUGCUCCCAAGCCAUCGUUGGAUUUUGCAACAGGCAACGUAAAUAACGCUUGGUAUCAAAACGAACAAAAUGUUGGUGGUGCUCCUGGUUUUGCUCCAUCAAACGGUGAUAUGGCAUUACUGAAUAAUCGGCCCGUUAUCCUCUCGACUACAUGGUAUCCCGUUCAAACAAGCCCUUAUUUUGCAUAUCCUUCGAGUUCGGCACCCGAAUUGCAAGCAAUCUUUUUCCCCGAAUAUCGUUUCUCAUCUCGAAAUUAAGACAUUUUUGCACAGUGCAAUUAUUUUCUCUUGACGAAACAUUUCUGAAACAUUCGACUUGCACGAUUCUUUAAAUGGAUGCGGGCUUGAGAAGAACAAGACUAGUCAUCAUCAUUGGUUUGGAUCCGGUGCAAGGACUUUGUUGCUUUCGAAUGGACGAUAUGACCAGCGGAGUUUAUGGACUUGGGUUUUUAAAUUGUAAACGUCUUCCGAUGUUACCAUUGGUUACUUGUAAUGAAACUGCAUUUUAGUCGAAACCAAAAUAAAUCACCCAGGAAAUCCUCCAAAA